CUUGCACGAUAAAUGCUUCCUCGUACCGGGUUCACAUCCUUCUAACAAAUUUGCAUUUGCUGACUUUGUACUGCGUUCUCUCUCUCUCGUCGACGAUUCCGCAUGGCACAGUCGCUGAGUCGGGUCACUCUUGGCCUCACUCAACCUGCCAACACUGAAGUUCCUCAGAUUGCUUUCUCUGCAAAGGAGAUCGAUUUGGUGAAAUGGAAAGGAGACAUUCUCGCAGUGGGUGUUACGGAGAAAGACAUGGCCAAGGAUGAGAACUCAAAGUUUGAAAAUCCAAUUUUGAGAAAGUUAGAUGCCCAUUUGGGUGGUCUUUUGGCAGAAGCGUCCUCGGAGGAGGAUUUUACAGGGAAAUCCGGGCAGUCAACGGUUCUCAGGCUUCCGGGUUUAGGUUCAAAAAGGAUCGGCUUGAUUGGGCUUGGGCAGUGCGCACCAUCAUCGAUCGCAGCUGUUUACCGGAGCCUUGGUGAAGCUGUGGCAGCGGCCGCGAAGGCUGCCCAAGCCAGUGAUGUGGCUAUUGCGCUUGCUUCUUCUGAGGGCCUCUCUGAAGAUUCCAAGGUUAAUGCUGUUUCUGCAAUAGCUUUCGGAAUUGUGCUGGGAGUUUACGAAGACAAUAGGUUCAAGUCAGAGUCCAAGAGACCAUUGCUCAAGUCGGUUGAGAUUCUUGGUCUUGGUGCUGGACCUGAACUAGAAAAUAAGCUCAAGUAUGCUGGUCAUGUUUGCUCAGCGAUAAUUUUUGGAAAAGAGCUUGUAAAUGCACCGGCCAAUGUGCUUACACCUGGUGCACUGGCGGAAGAAGCUUCCAAGAUUGCUUCCAUGUAUGGUGAUGUUCUUACUGCAAAAAUAUUGGAUGAGGAGAAAUGCAAGGAACUGAAAAUGGGUUCCUAUUUGGGUGUUGCUGCUGCUUCUGCAAACCCCCCACAUUUCAUCCAUUUAUGUUAUAAACCUCCCAGUGGGCCAAUCAAAGCCAAGUUGGGUUUAGUUGGAAAGGGUUUAACAUUUGACAGUGGUGGCUACAACAUCAAGACUGGACCAGGCUGUUCUAUUGAGAUUAUGAAAACUGAUAUGGGGGGUUCAGCUGCUGUUCUAGGUGCAGCAAAAGCCAUUGGCCAAAUAAAACCUGCAGGAGUAGAGGUCCAUUUCAUUGUUGCAGCUUGUGAGAACAUGAUCAGUGGUACAGGCAUGAGACCUGGAGACAUAGUUACAGCUUCAAAUGGUAAAACUAUUGAGGUGAACAAUACUGAUGCAGAAGGCAGACUUACUCUUGCAGAUGCCUUGGUAUAUGCUUGCAACCAAGGUGUAGAGAAGAUAGUUGAUUUGGCAACGUUGACUGGGGCAUGUAUAAUUGCCCUUGGACCUUCUAUUGCAGGAGUCUUUACACCGAGUGACGACCUGGCUAAGGAGGUUUUUGCAGCUUCACAGAUAAGUGGAGAGAAGCUCUGGAGGAUGCCAUUAGAAGAAAGCUAUUGGGAGUCUAUGAAAUCAGGAGUAGCUGAUAUGGUCAACACAGGAGGCCGCCAAGGCGGUGCUAUAACUGCAGCCCUAUUCCUGAAACAGUUUGUCAAUGAAAAGGUCCAAUGGAUGCACAUAGACAUAGCUGGCCCUGCUUGGAAUGAGAAGAAACGCACUGCAACUGGGUUUGGUAUCUCGACUCUGGUAGAGUGGGUUCUAAGUAACUCUUCAUAAUUAUGGUGAAGGACCUGAAGGUACAGUGAUGAGGUAUAACAAAAUUCCAAGAGGAAUCUCAAUUGGGUUAUGUGUGCAACAAGAUUGGCCAAGUAUUAAAUAAAAUGUGAUGGACAAGAAAGAAGAGGAAGAGGAGAAAACUUGAGAUGACUGGUGUAAAUUUUAGCUUAUGGUGCACAAAGACGAUUACAAAAGCGAUUCAUGGAUUGGAAUGUCUCUGGCUUUGAUGAUCAGUCAUGCAUCUAUGGUAAACUUGGAUAAGAAGGAAUUAGAUUAAUUUUGGAGCC